AUGGAUACCAGCGAGAGCGAGAAGAGAAAGCGCGCGGCGGGCCGUGAUUCCUCGCAGGCGAGGAAGAAGCGCAAGCCGGCCCUCGAUGACCUCCGCAAGCUGCUGGUGACCUACCACGGGUUGCAGCAGAUGCGACGGGAGGUGGACGAGAAGAUUGUUGCUUUGGCAGCGUCUCGGGAAAAGUCUCGUCGCCGCCGCCGUGGACGUGAGUCUGCCUUCCAGUGCCUGCAGUCCCCUUUGCGGGAGGUUGUCAAGAUGGAAGAAGAUCCACCCACAUUCUGGGUGCGUGUGGGAGAGUGGGUGCGCGGGUGGUGCUGA